AUGGAUUAUAGUAAUGAAUUUGUUACUCAUGAGGGCAAAAAAUUAGCCACAAAUGAUGACUGGAUCUUGAUAGUUGUUUGUGGUGUCCAUAAUCAUCCUGCUGCAGAAUAUCUUGAGGGUCAUUCUUAUGCUGGAAGGUUGUCAUAUGAGGAAACCUCUUUGUUGGUAGACAUGUCGAAGAGUAUGACAAUUUACAAUGCACGUCAUAGGUAUAAAGUUGCUGAGAAAGCUGGGAGAUCUCAAAUGCAACAACUAUUAGGUCAGUUAGCGAUGAACAAGUACAUUGAGUGGCAUAGGAGCCGUGCAGAUACUGAGACAGUGACGGAUUUGUUCUUUGCACAUCCUACUAGUUUGAAUUUGUUACGUGCAUUUCCAAAGGUAUUGUUGAUGGAUUGUACUUAUAAGACCAAUUGA